AAGAAAACUGAAACCGUUGUUGCAUAAACUUCCGGUCAAGCGUUUUGAUUUAGCUAGCCGAAAUGAAAUCGUUGCAGACAUCAACAUGAUCAUCUGUAAACGCUAAAGAUAGUUAACCAAGUAUUAAAGCUCAAUCGUAUGGAGUUUUACUAAAACCAUGGCCGUAGCUAUGAGUUCAACAUGUCCGGGACUGUAUUGCGGCAAGACGUUGAUAAAUGGCUCAUUAGAUGGGGAAUGUGGGGUAUGUCCCAGAGGUCAGAGGACGAACAUCCAGAAGAUCUGUGAGAAAUGUAAAGAAUCUCCAGAACUCUAUGACUGGCUGUACCUGGGCUUCAUGGCAAUGCUGCCACUUGUUCUGCACUGGUUCUUUAUCGAGUGGUACUCUGGAAAGAAAAGCUCCAGUGCCCUGUUCCAACACAUCACGGCCCUGUUUGAGUGCGGUGCUGCGGCUGUGGUGACUCUGCUGGUCAACGACCCAGUAGGUCUGCUUUCCAUCAGGUCCUGCGGUGUCCAGAUGCUGUCAGACUGGUACACCAUGCUGUACAAUCCCAGCCCGGACUAUGUCACCACUCUGCAUUGCACACAGGAAGCUGUUUUUCCGCUGUACACUAUAGUGUUGAUCUACUAUGCCUUCUGUCUGGUGUUCAUGAUGCUGCUGCGUCCACUCCUGGUCAAAAAGAUUGCCUGUGGUCUGGGGAAAUCGGACCGCUUCAAGAGCAUCUACGCUGCUCUCUACUUCUUCCCCAUCCUAACAGUCCUGCAAGCUGUGGGAGGUGGUCUGCUUUAUUAUGCCUUUCCAUACAUUAUUUUGGUGUUGUCCCUGGUUACCCUGGCAGUGUACAUGUCAGCGUCAGAGAUACAGUCCUUUAAGAAUCUCAUUGCUAAGAAGAAGAGGUUGGUGGUGCUCUUCAGCCAUUGGCUCCUUCAUGCGUAUGGCAUCAUCUCCAUCUCCCGAUUGGAUAAACUGGAGCAGGACCUCCCUCUAUUGGCUCUGGUACCUGGACCUGCCCUAUUCUACCUGCUCACUGCCAAGUUUACUGAACCUAGCCGGAUUCUGUCGGAAGGCGGCAAUGGACACUAGAACUGUUAUAGAGAAACGUGGACAAUAUUAUCCACCUGUCAUUGAUCCACGAAAUAUUGUGCAAUUGCUGUAUAUGGGCAGUGGCCUUGACUGCUUUAACAGGAAAGUGCAGUACACUUCAAAUGAUGACAAGGGAGAAAAAAGAUCACUGUGUACAUAUGUCUGUAAAUAAGGCUCCAUAUAUUUAAAAGGUUCUGUAAGGCUCUGUCAGUAGAACAUGCCAAGUGUAAUGCCAGGAUUUGUUGGUUUGUUUCUCAGGACCACCCACAUUAAAAUGUAUGAACGCAUUACUGUAAAUUUGCUUUGGAUAAACCAUCUGUAGAAUGAGAUUUAUUAUGUUUUAAAUUAUUGAAUUGUGUUGAUUUUUGGACAUUUGAAUGUGGUUAUUAUGUUUGUAUGGAGGUGGUUAUACUGGACAUUUUCUGCAUUGUUUCAUAAGUUACUGUUAAUUGUUUUUAGCCCUUGGUUGUUGUGACAUCAGAGGUGGUCUCUGUAUUGUCCAAUAGGUUAGAUGCUCGUGAAAUAAUCUAAUGUGCCAAAAAUCUCUGAACACAUGCAUUAUGCCCUGAAGCAGAUACAAUAGUUCAUUAUAACCUGGAAUUGUAUAUAGAUGAAGUUCCAUUGCUUUGCUUCAAUAAAAAUUGAAUAAAAAUUCUGUGGUGGAAAUACAUUGAA